CGCUUGCUGGUGGUCAGCGCGCCUGCGCAGAGAGUUGCGGGUUACUUCCGGCUGUCCUGAUGGAAGAUGGCGGAGAAUAUUUGAGACAUUUUGCUCAGUGAAUAGACGUCUUAUUUUCUGAUGUUCCUGUCAUCGAGUCCAAUAUGUCUGGUUCUGGUAGCAAGAGAGCAUCUGGGGAUGGAGCAUCAGGUCCUCCUGAGAAGAAGCCCAACCAUGAAGAGAAGACGCCAACAACGCUUAUUGAACCCAUCCGCUUGGGUGGCAUCUCCUCCACGGAGGAAAUGGACAUGAAAGUUUUACAAUUUAAAAACAAAAAACUAGCCGAACGGCUAGAGCAGCGUCAGGGUGUGGAGGACGAGCUUCGGGAGAAGAUAGAGAAGCUGGAGAAACGGCAAGCCACCGAUGAUGCCACACUUCUCAUAGUCAACAGCUACUGGAGUCGGCUGGAGGAGAAUGUGCAGCUGCUGUUGAAGCGCUAUGACUCGGAGCCGAGCGGCCAAAACACUGCCGAUGUGCCACCUGAGGGCACGGAGAAUGCCACUGAGACACAGGCUGCAGAGGAGCCAACCACAGAGGUCACCGACAAUAAAGAUUCCUCCUCGCUUCCAGCUGCUCCUCCAGCACCCGCUCCACCCGCUGUUCUCCCAGAAUCCUCUCUUACCUUUCUGGCUACGCUGGCCUGCAGCACCACCGAGGAGAUUGAGCUGCAGCUGCAGGAACGCAUGGAGUUCAGCAAGCGAGCCGUUUCGUGCAUCCUGGAAACCUCCAACAAGCUGCAUGGCCGGGUGCAGGCGCUGUGCGAGCGCCUUCACACUGCUGACUGUGAACAGAUGGAUGAGACAUCUCGCACUCUGAACAAGGAUCUGUUCAGCGAGAAUCACAAGCUCCAGGACCUGGCCACCAUCCUGCAGGAGAAGCACCAUCGCAUCUCCUUACAACAUCAUGAACUACAAGACCGAGUCACAUCAUCCGAAACCAAAGUGUCUGAGAUGGAGCGAAGUAUCGAGGAUCUGCAGUGGGACAUAGAGAAGCUGCGCAAACACGAGCAGAAACUUAACCGUCACCUUGCAGAGGCCCUAGAGCAGCUAAAUUCAGGAUCUCACAUUUCGGGAAGCUCUGGGAGUUUCCAGGGAGGACAGACAACGCUGACUGUGCAGAAGUUUGAAAUGCUGAACGCAGAGCUAGAACAAAACCAGGAACUGGCCAACAGUCGCAUGUAUGAGCUGGAGAAGCUGCAGAAUGAGCUGCAGGCUGCUGUCCGCCUCAAGGAGAAGCUGAAGUUGGAUCUGCGAACCCUCCCAGAGGAGGCAGUCAGGAGCACGCAGGACUUCCGCUGUCUGCAGUCCCAGUUCUCACUCCUGUAUAAUGAGUCCCUUCAAGUGAAAACUCAGCUAGAUGAGGCGCGAGCUCUUCUCCUCAGCACGAAGAACAGCCACCUACGGCAUAUUGAGCGCAUGGAGAGUGAAGAGCUGUCUGUCCAGAAGAAGCUGCGCACGGAGGUGAUCCAGCUAGAGGACACGCUCGCACAGGUGCGAAAGGAGUACGAGAUGCUGAGGAUUGAAUUUGAGCAGAAUCUGGCUGCCAACGAACAAGCAGGUCCUAUUAAUCGUGAAAUGCGUCAUCUGAUUGGAAGUCUUCAGAACCACAACCACCAGCUGAAGGGUGAUGUCCAGCGAUACAAGCGAAAGGUGCGAGAUGCCCAAGGAGAGGUGAGCAAGAUGCGUCUACAAGCCCCCCAGUGUCCCGCGUCUACACUAUCCAGUGCUGAAGUCACCACUCCAGCCAUUAAAGAAGAAGAACCCGCAGCAGCCGAUGUGAAGAAAGAGCCUCCUGUGGUUGUGGCACGAGACCCUGAAAUGCCGACCACCCCAGAGGUGAAGAAAGAAGAAGACGAGCAGAAAAAAGAGCUGGAACGGAGCAAGACGCGGGAGCGAGAAUUAGAGCGGGAUCGCGAGAAGGAACGUGAGAAGGAGCGAGAGCGGGAGAGAGACAAGCAGAAGGGCGACGACACAAAGAGGAAGGACUCGGACAUCCUAAAGCAGCUCCGGGCAGAACUCAAGAAGGCCCAGGAGAGUCAGAAGGAAAUGAAAUUGCUCCUUGAUAUGUACAAAUCUGCCCCCAAGGAACAAAGGGACAAAGUGCAGCUAAUGGCAGCUGAGAGGAAGACCAAAGCCGAGGUGGAGGAGCUGCGAUUACGGGUUCAGGCUCUUGAAGAAAAGGAUCGGAGAGAGCGGAAGAAGCUGGCUGACGAGGAAGCCUUACGGAAGAUUAAACUGGCAGAGGAGCAAAUUGACCAUUUACAGCGGAAACUCAGCGCCACCAAACAGGAGGAGGAGGCUUUGUUGUCCGAAAUGGACGUGACUGGACAGGCGUUUGAAGACAUGCAGGAGCAGAACAUCCGCCUGAUGCAGCAACUGCGAGAAAAAGAUGAUGCAAACUUCAAGCUCAUGUCUGAGCGGAUAAAAUCAAAUCAGAUUCACAAACUGCUGCGAGAGGAAAAGGAGGAGCUGGCAGAGCAGGUGCAGGGCCUGAAGACACAGGUGGACGCCCAGCUGUUGCAGGUCCAGAAGCUAGAGGAGCGAGAGCGGGUUCUGCACACAUCGCUGGCCACCAUAGAGAAGGAGCUGACCCUCAGGAUACAGGCGCUGGAGAUCCAGAAGAGGAAGGCAGUGGAAGCGGCCCAGCUGGCAGAGGACUUGAAGGUUCAGCUGGAACACAUAGUCAGCACGCUACGUGACACGCAGAGCUUUGUGUCUGACAACCGCUCCGCCAAGGAAAAGGAGUCAUUCAGCCUAAAGAGAGCACAGGAGGAGAUCUCUCGCCUUCGCAGAAAACUAGAGAAACAGAAGAAGAUGGAGGUUUAUGCUGAUGCUGAUCAGAUCCUGCAGGAGGAGAUUAAAGAAUACAGAGCUCGUCUCACCUGCCCAUGCUGUAACACCCGCAAGAAAGACGCCGUCCUUACCAAGUGCUUUCAUGUCUUCUGCUUUGAGUGCGUAAAGACGCGAUAUGACUCCAGACAGCGAAAAUGUCCCAAGUGCAAUGCAGCUUUUGGAGCGCACGAUUUCCACCGAAUUUAUAUCAACUAGUGGCAGGAACAUGAAUGGACUGUAAAAUAAACUGGUGUCAUGUGGGAGGGGAACAUCUGUUCAGACUGGACAAUAAAAGACCAAUUGGAUCAAGA